AUGCCGAAAUUCACUGAUUCAAGUGUUAAAUCCCAUGUUGAUUGCGGGAAGGGUAAUAAAUGGCACCUAGCACAACUGGACAUUGGCAAUGCUUUUCUAAAUGGGGAACUAUAUGAAGAAGUCUACAUGGAUCUGCUCUUAAGCUAUCAACUUAAGAGGGAGUAUCAAGAUAAUUCUAGCAGCAAACUGUCAAAGGCAGAUUACUCAUUGUUUACCAAGCAUACUGAUCUUGGGUUCAUUGCAGUCUUAGUAUAUGGGAAUGACAUUAUCAUUGAAAGCGGAAAUAAAGGCUUGAUUGACCAAUUUAAAGCUUCUCUAAAUUCUCACUUCAAGCUGAAGGAUCUAAGCAAUCUUCAGUAUUUUUUUUAUUUGGAAAUUGCUUGGUCUUCUCAAAGUAUUAUGAUUUCCCAAAGAAAGCUUGUACUAGAGCUACUAGAAAAGUAUGGAAUUCUUGGGGCCAAGCCUAGCUCAAUACCUGUUGAAGUAACCUCAAAAUUAAUACAAAGUGAUAAUAAUGUCCAGUUAGUUGGGACAAGGCGAGACCUUGCCUAUGGAGUGCACAUAUUGUCUCAUUUUAUGGACAAACCUACCCAAUUUCACAUAGAUGCUGCAUACAGGCUACUAAGGUACUUGAAAGGCACACCAGGACAGGGGUUAUUCUUAUCUUCAACUUCUGAUCUCAAGUUGGUUGCCUACUCAGACAGUGAUUGGGCAGGAUGUCAAGAAAAAAGGAGGUCGCUGACAGAUUCCUGUAUCUUCAUUGGAAGCUCAUUAACAAGUUAG